CAGGAGCCCUGCAGGCGCGGGUCCGCUAGGGGCGGAGACAAGAGCAGCGUCCCUAACGGAGCAGUGGCGGGGCGGGGGUCCCGGGGAGGCGAGUGGUGGGCCCGAGGAGGGGAUGGGGCUGGCAGGGGAGUGGAGGAGGAGAGCACGUGGACCAAAGAGGCGGCGGGCAGCCCCGCUGUUUUGAAAAAUGCUUCCUGUUUCUUUAAAGGCGCUCGCGGCUCGGGCGGCCGGGGCUGGGGAGGCGACGGCGGCGGCAGGAGCUGCCUCCUCUCCGGGCGGCGGCGCUGACUGAUCUGGUGAACUGGGCUUCUGUGUAAACUGAGGCUAAACAAACACAGAUGGAGCGCAGCGGGCGUUCUCCGGCGGGGCUGGCGCGGCCGCAGCGACUUCAGAUGACACUCUGAGCGCUCCGGGAGCGGACGGUUCCGCGCCUACCCCGAGCCGGCUGCGCAGCUGCCCCGGGGCGCAGGGGGAGAGAGGGCGCGCCGGCGGGAGCGCGGGCGGCCGGAUGGGGAGCGCCCGAGACUCGGCGGCGCUGAGCGCGGCGGCAGCCCGGGCCGAGCCGGCGCGCGGCGUGCAGAGCGAGCGCAGCCGGCGCGCGACCGGCCGCCCCACGCCCCUGCCCCGCGCGCUUGCCCGAGCCAUGAAGCACAUCCCGGUCCUCGAGGACGGGCCCUGGAAGACCGUGUGCGUGAAGGAGCUGAACGGCCUCAGGAAGCUCAAACGUAAAGGCAAAGAGCCGGCGCGGCGCGCGAACGGCUAUAAAACUUUCCGAUUGGACUUGGAGGCGCCCAAGCCAGCCGCCGCCGUCGCCGCCACCGCCACCAACGGGCUGCGGGACAGGACCCAGCGGUUGCAACCCGUCCCCGUCUUGGCCCCGGUGCCAGCCGCUGUGGCGCCGGCCGUUCUCCCAGGUAGAGGCGCGGACGCAGCCGGGGAGCGCAGGGGCGCCCGCGCGCCGGAGGUCUCGGAUGCGCGGAAACGCGGCUUCGCUCUGGGCGCAGUGGGACCGGGACUCCCCACGCCACCGCCGCCGCCGCCACCGCCUCCUCCAGCACCCCUAGGCCAGGCACCCGGAGGUUCCGAGGCCCCGUCUUUCCGCGAACCUGUUCUGCGUCCCCGCAUCUUGCUUUGCGCGCCGCCGGCACGCCCCGCGCCCCCUGCACUCCCGGAGCCCUCCGUGCGCCCCGCGCCCCCAACACGCCCGGGGGAAAGUUCCUACUCGUCAAUUUCACACGUAAUUUACAAUAACCAUCCGGAUGCCUCCUCGUCGCCUAGGAAACGGCCGGGUGAAGCGACCUCAACCUCCUCGGAGAUCAAAGCCCUACAGCAGACCCGAAGACUCCUUGCGAACGCCAGGGAGCGGACGCGGGUGCACACCAUCAGCGCAGCCUUCGAGGCGCUCAGGAAGCAGGUGCCAUGCUACUCCUACGGGCAGAAGCUAUCCAAGCUGGCCAUCCUGAGGAUCGCCUGUAACUACAUCCUGUCCCUGGCACGGCUGGCUGACCUGGACUACAGCGCAGACCAUAGCAACCUUAGCUUCUCCGAGUGUGUGCAGCGCUGCACCCGCACCUUGCAGGCUGAGGGACGCGCCAAGAAACGCAAGGUGCAGGGGCCCAAGACUUUGGGCCAUCCUCCACUGCUUUCCCAGGCCGUAAGCAGGAAGCAGGAUCAGAAGUGGAGCAGCCAAGACACGGACCUGUGCCCAUUUGGGAUGCCGGAAUGACCAGCCUGGGUGCCCGAGGACGCCUCCGUGGGCCUCUUUCUGGGGACGCUGAGCCCGCCAAACCCGACCUCUCUUGUCCAGUGCCACCACCACUGCCAUUGUCAUCUUACUCCGAGAAGCUGCCAGAUGCCCAGUGUACCUGCUGCCUCUCAGGGCCAGACUGAAGCCGGCUCACACCCACCCCAUCUCCCUAUAACUGCCUGCAUCACCCAAGCUCUUCCACAAUGACUUGGCACUUUGUGCCUGUGCCUGGCACGGCAGGGAGAGGUCGGCCGUGUUCUUGCUCAGGGCCCAAGGGCUACACUGUCUGGAGGCAGAGGUCCAUUGCCAAAGAUUCCACAAAAACCCAGGACAGAACGGGUGUUGAGUCCAAGCGGGAAACCACAGCGCUGGCUCUGUCCCACCUGCUGCUGCCCAUUUCAAGCCAAAGACGGGUCAGCGGUUCCACAAGAACUCAUGGCGAGGGUGGUGGGGGACCUUGGCAACCAUGGGCAGCACCUUCCCCUCUGGCGAAGGGGACAAGAUGAACCUCUGAAGGAGCUAUGGAGGGUUGCUGGAGGUGCCUGGAAGGGGCAGGAGUGGGGCUGGGCUCCCUGCCCUCUUUCUUCCCUCCUGCUGGCUGCCCAGGCCUCUGACCCUGAUUGCUAGUGCUCCCUGGACCUAGGCUCAAGCAUUCCCUAAAGAAAGGACAUAGGGAAGAAAAGCUACAUGGUCAUCACUGCCCCAUCCCUGCCCCGAGGGACUUGCC